CCUGAGGGGCUAUUGGCAUGCAUGUUAACAACUCCCCAGAGAAAAAAGCCUGGGAACCUCUUUUCCCCAACGCCACCUCCACAAUUCAAGGAUUAUCCUUAUACGGCCGUGCUGCCUCCCUCUCUCUGACGCCUCUACAGGGGGAGCCGCAGGUAUCGCGAGACUUCUGUCCAACUUCUCGUAGCCGUUGCCUGCUUAAAAGAAAAAGCAGCUACUUCGAUGGCGUCUGCAGAAUUGGAUUAAUUCAUAUAAAGCCUUCGAGAUCAGUUUCUCCCUCUUUACCGCGUUAAACGCCGUGAGCGACGGAAAGCACGACGUCGUUUUGCCAUGAACAAAGAUGGCGUCUCUUUGUCGCUGAGUUGAAGUUCCCUGAGUUUGGAGCCAAUUGAAGCGGGGCUGCCGUUAAUAAGCAUGGCUGCCAUCGCGGAGGCCUGUGAGGGAAACAUGCCUCUUUCCUUCGCGGUGUGGCUGGGGAAUCCGUGCGAGAGAGUAACGUGCCCUUAUGAUCCUAAUCAUCAAAUGCCCAAGUCUUCCCUGGAGAAGCACAUGGUGUCCUGUAGGCUGAGAAAACUGGAGUACUCUAAAGAAGAGGAGGCUGAAAUGUAUGACUCCACUUUUUUCUAUGAGAAGGCAAAGAUACCUAGUGUACAAAUGGACAAGAAUUUACAAUUUUACAUUAUUAAAGAGGCCACUACUAAAGAAAGGGGAAGUUGUUGUCCAGGUGCUUAUUCCUCCCUGCCUGCUGAAGUUCCACUAAACCACAAGCGUUACGUCUGUGACCUGACACAAGCCGACCGCCUUGCGAUCUAUGAUUACGUCCUUGUAGAAACAAAGAAAUCAAGAUCCCAGCUGACAGAAAAUGACAAUGAUCUCUUCAUAGAUUUGGCAGCAAAAGUCAACCAAGAUGAUGGUCAGAAAGGUCCCAAGUCCCAUCUUGAAAUUCUCGCAGAGAUGCGGGAUUAUAAAAGACGACGGCAGUCCUACAGAGCCAAGAAUGUCCACAUUACAAAGAAAUCCUACACGGAGGUCAUCAGAGAUGUGAUUGGGGUCCACAUGGAAGAGCUUGCCACUCAUUGGCAGGAGGAGAACAGGGAUGCAGAAUCUUGUGAAGAUGAAAACUCGUCUCUUUCAGCAAAGUCUUCAGGAAGAAAACAUGAGCGAAGGUCUGCCUCGGUUGACUCAAGGCAGUCUUGUGGAAGCUCAAAGGAUUCUGAAUAUUCUAGACGUAAGGGAAACUCCAGCAGAAGUCCAGGCAAAAGAAAAAGAAGCCGGGAAAGGGAGCGAGACAGAGAUUCCCGAAGGAAAAGAGAGAGAGAUGAAGACAAGCAUCAUAGUCACAAAAGAAGAAAAUAAAACUUAAUGAGAGUAUUAAGAGUAUGCAGAAGUCAAGCAGUGUCUGUUUCAUCCCAAUAGCAUCACUUUGUGGCAGUGACAACUACGCCGUGCUGUGUCAACUACGUCAUCCAUUUAUAAAUGUCAUGUAAAAAUUCCUAUCCCAGUUCAACUUCCUUUACUGAGGAAGAGUGGAAGCGAGAUGUAAGGAUCACAGUAUGGGAGGGCAAAAUGAUCCACUUUGUUAAUAAUAGAAAUUACCACCAACACUGCUGUUUCUUUUAUUGCUCUGUAGAUAAAAUGUAGCAGUAAAGGGCAGGAAGAGUACACAGCACAUAACUGAUUGAGCCGGAUUCUAGAGAUCAAUGAAAAUGGUGUGAUAUAGCUUCGGUUUCUGCUUGGUGCUAUCUCAGAAUGGUGGCUUCCUUGCAAACUAGCUGGUGAUCUUGCUUCAAACGGAAAUCAUGUUAAUGUGUGUGUUGGGGGGGGGGGAGAGCGCAUGCCUGGUCUGUGCUUGAGUUAAGGCACCAUACUCCAUGGAAAAGCUGUCGCUAGCAUGCCUCUUUUCUGUAGUACCGCAGUUUUUCACAUCAGUUUUUCUCCACAUCUGGAUCAUCUGUCACUUGACCUGUAUCCCCAGUUGUUUGUUCAUAGGUUGGUUCAUAGAUUACAUUGUUUCUUUACCUGUUUUUAUAUAUGUAUAUCUUUUAAAAAACACUACAGCACUAUACAAAUAUAAUAAAAUGAAGCAAGUGGAAAACAGUUGAAAAAAGACAUUUCCUUUUAAUAUGGGCUAAUAAUCAUGGGCAGGAAAAAUCAGGCGACAUCUUACAUUGCCAUUCGAAGCAAAAGCAUCAGAAGAAAACAAAGUUGGUAGCCAUACUUAAUGAGCAAAGCUGUAAUUAUUUUCCUUUUGUGCCUUAACCAUGA